AUGGCAGCAACAGAUCCGGCGGCGAAUAACAACACAUCUUCGGCCCUGGACUCGGACUCGAGGUCGGAUGCCCGGAGAAGACAUGCUGUUGUUGCAAGGAAGAAAUCGGCCACUGAUGUGGUUCCCAACGGGGGAAAUUCGGGCGUGGGCAGUGAUCAGGUCGUCGCCACUGGGAAUAAUCCAAGCCGCGCCGUAAGAGCAGAAUCCACCGCCGUUCUUGAGAGGCCGCGAGAAUUACCCCACGCCAAGAAAGUUGCAGUUGCAGCGUCUACAGUCUCUCCACGGCGCAGAAGGUCGACCUCGAGGCCCGAGAAGCCCCGGUGGCUGACUGUGCUCAGUAUCCUCACGAAGAACUGCUUCCUCCUGAUGGGGCUGUUCAUCGUGGCCCGAGUGACCUGGAAAUGGUCCGGCCAAUUUAACGGGAACACCCACAUGCCAUUUGCGGCGCUCGAUCUCGAGGAUCAAAUCUCCGACCUCAAGUCCUCCUUGAAGAAGACGGCAAAGAUGAUGCAGGUCCAGUUGGAGGUUGUGGACCAGAAGAUUGGCAGCGAGUCUGGGAACGUCAGGCUGGAGAUGUCCAGGAAGAUCGAAGAGAGAAGCGCCUCCCUUGAGAAGGAGCUGAAGAAGCUGGAGGCGCGGAGUGACAACCUGGAGAAUUCCUUGUCUGAACUGAAGGGUACGGGCUUCUUCUCCAAAGAAGAGUUUCAGAAAUUUUACAGCGACUUCAAGAACAGACAGAGCCGCCCAGAGAGAGACGAAGAGCUCUUCACUCUCGACGAGCUUAGGAACUACGCGAGGGAAGUCGUCGAGAAGGAGAUGGAGAAGCACGUAGCCGAUGGGCUCGGAAGGGUUGACUUUGCUCUGGCAUCCGGCGGGGCCAGGGUGGUUCGGCACUCGGAGCCAUACCUGGGGAAAAGCCUCUGGCUUCUGGUCAAAGGCCGCGGUGGAGUUGACCCCAACGCCCAUAAAAUGCUGCAACCAAGCUUCGGAGAGCCUGGUCAGUGCUUCCCCCUGCUGGGUGACGCAGGGUUUGUCGAAAUCAAGCUAACAACGGCAAUAAUUCCUGAUUCCAUCACACUGGAACACGUCGCAAAGGUACUCAGACUUCUUCUCUCCGUAGAGGGUAUGACUGAUCUUUCUGUUUGGCUUCCUCCCCAUGCGGGUCGUCGGAAUCACAUCUCGGGUCUUAGGCGAGUGUGUGGGUUUCUCCUGCUCGAUCGCUGGUUUCUGCUCAUUCUCUUGCCAGGAUUACGAUCUCCGUAGUCCGUCUUUAUAAGCUGCCUUUUUUCUCUUCCUUUUUUUUUUUUUCUUAAAGUGGCCGUUUGAUUCUCAUCGUCGUUGACAAACCUGGGAUGGGGGGUUGGUGCAGAGCGUGGCCUACGACAGGCUCAGCGCCCCGAAGGACUGCCGGGUCUCGGCGUGGCUGGAAGGGACGAGCAACGACGGCGGCGCCGAGAAGAUGCGGACACUGGUGGAGUUCAGCUACGACCUGGAGGGGAGCAACGCGCAGAGCUUCAAGGUAGAGCCUGGCGGCGCUUGCAACAUGGUCCGGUUUGACUUCAGCUCCAACCACGGCAGCUCCUCCCACACCUGCAUCUACCGCCUGCGGGUCCACGGAUGGGAACGGCCCCGCUCCACCUGA